AUGUCUUCAUUGAUUAUUUUGAUCUCCGCUGCUCUGGUGUCGUUUGCGUCUUGCGGUCGUCUCGACCAUUUGACUGGUUUCGGUGGCGGCGGUUACAGCGGCGCCGCCGGCGCAUACGGCGGCCCGCCUGCUCACUUUGAAAACGUCAAUAACGGAGACGGCACUUACCGAUACAGCUAUGACACUCCAACUGGUAUAUCAGCCCACGAAAGCGGGUCUCCUCGUGCUGCUGGCCCCGAGGGUCCCGCGGUGACAGCUGAAGGCGGGUUCUCUUUCCGCGCUCCUGAUGGCCAACAGAUCUCUCUUACUUACACCGCAGACGAGAACGGCUUCCAUCCCACUGGCUCCCAUAUCCCCACUCCACCUCCAAUCUCUGAAGCCAUUCUCCGAUCUUUGGAGUACAAUAGACAGCAUCCUUCGUCGUAA